AUGAGUAUCUCAAGGUUCGCUUACCCGCUCCUCGGCAAUGCCAAUGGCAUGAUCAAGAUCGCUCGAAUGCAGAGUACGAUCGCGCACACCAUAAAAGUGGCCGAUCAGAUUGAAAAAACCCGUGCCAAGGCACUUGUUGCUGGUGGACCAAAGAGAAUUGACAGUCAGCAUAAAAGAGGAAAAUUGACAGCACGUGAGCGUAUCGAAUUACUCAUGGAUAAGGGCUCAUUCCGCGAAUACGACAUGUUUGCCGAACAUACUUGUGUCGAUUUUGACAUGCAGAAGCAGAAGUACCCUGGAGAUUCUGUCAUUACCGGACGUGGUCAUAUCAACGGUCGUAACGUGUAUGUGUUCUCGCAGGAUUUCACUGUUUUCGGUGGUUCAUUGUCAGGGAUCCAUGCCAAAAAAAUUUGCAAGAUCAUGAGGGAAGCUAUGAUUGUGGGAGCCCCCUUGAUCGGUCUCAACGACUCUGGUGGUGCUCGAAUCCAAGAGGGAGUUGACUCCCUCGCUGGUUACGCUGACAUUUUCUUGAACAACACCAUGGCAUCCGGCGUGAUUCCACAGCUUUCACUUAUCAUGGGACCUUGUGCAGGAGGUGCUGUGUACUCCCCUGCUAUCACUGACUUCACUUUUAUGGUCCGUGAUACGAGUUAUUUGUUCAUCACUGGACCUGACGUUGUGAAAGCCGUCACAAAAGAAGAAGUUACUCAGGAAGAACUUGGAGGAGCAAAGACCCAUACUGCUACAUCCGGUGUCGCUGUUGGUGCCUUUGAGAACGAUGUGGAUGCCCUGAUGAGUAUGCGUGAAUUGGUGAACUAUCUGCCACUUUCGAACAAAGACCCUGCUCCAGUUCGCGCUUGUGAUGACCCAUGGGAUCGCGAUGUCCCCUCACUGGACACUGUUGUUCCUUUGGAAAGCACCGCAGCAUAUAAUAUGAAGGAUGUAGUUACUGCUUUAGUGGACGAAGGAGAUUUCUUUGAGAUCAUGCCGGACUAUGCUAAAAACAUUAUUGUCGGUUUUGCUCGAAUGAAUGGUCGCACCGUUGGAAUCGUUGGAAAUAACCCUAAGUUUGCAGCAGGAUGUCUUGACAUCAAUUCAUCUGUAAAGGGGGCCCGCUUCGUCCGUUUCUGCGAUGCCUUCAACAUUCCGCUUGUCACCCUUGUCGAUGUUCCUGGAUUCUUGCCCGGAACUGCGCAGGAAUAUGGAGGUAUCAUUCGUCACGGAGCCAAGCUUAUCUAUGCCUACGCUGAGGCAACUGUGCCUAAGAUUACCGCCUUUGGUGGAGCAUACUGUGUUAUGUCAUCGAAGCAUCUUCGGGGAGAUGUCAACUACGCGUGGCCCACGGCAGAGGUUGCUGUCAUGGGAGCAAAGGGUGCCGUAUCCAUUCUAUUCCGUGGAGAAAAGGACGUAGCCAAGCAUGAGGAAGAAUACAUUGACCUUUUCAGCAAUCCGUUCCCUGCUGCUGUUCGUGGUUUUGUUGAUGACAUCAUUGAGCCACACACGACCCGUCGUAGAAUUUGCGAGGACCUCAGUCUGCUUGAAUCGAAGAAACUGACGAACCCAUGGAGAAAACACGGCAACAUCCCUCUCUAA